CCUAUCAGUGCCCAUCAGUGCCACCUAUCCGUGCCAUCUGUCAAUGCCCAUCAGUGCCACCUAUCAGUGCCUCCUCAUCAGUACCACCUAUCAGUGCCCAUCAGUGCAGCCUAUCAGUGCCCAUCACUGUAGCCUCAUUAGCACACAUCAGUGUGGGAGAACAAUUACUUAUUUACAACAUUUUAUAACAGAAACUAAGAAGAAAACAUUUUUUUAGUUUGUUUAGCACAAAGUAAAAACCCCAGUGGUGAUUAA